GAGCACCGGUGAGCUCUACAAGCAUGUCACUGCAGCCAGCGAGGUUGCCAUCAGCAAGCUGGGACUCGUGAUGUUGCCUGAGAAAAUUACUCUGGUGAGUGAUGAUCGCCAGGUGCUUUCCUGUGGCUUCCGUGCUGGCACAGUUGUCCACUUGGCCAUGCUUAUCUCAGGCGUGCCGCGUCCAGAUCACUUCUGGGAUUUCUGCGGGACAUCUGCAGAUGUCUCCGAGGUCCACGAUGCCUACAGCGGCGUGGUGGCCCGCCUGCGGGGCGGAGCGAAGUGUGGGCCAGCUGGUGUUGAGUUGGAUGGCCGCGAGGCCUUUGUGGAGAUCGACCCCUGGGAGUGGGCCGGGCCAGUGACCUUUGAGGCCAGGGUGCGCUACAACUCGUAUGCGCAUCAAGCUGCCAUCCUCGCUCUUGGUACAAUGCUCCCAGAUGGACGCGUCAAUGAGCUGUAUUCCAUCAUGAGCUACACAAUGUUUGUCGUUCGUCAAAGCCUUUUGAAGUUUUCAAGAGUCAUGACUGAUCAGCCAAUUGCGUUGGGUGAGUGGCUCCAUGUGGUUGCAACCGCGGCAGCUGGUACAACUGCCCUGUACAUCAACGGACGCGUGGCGGGCAAUAUCUCUGAAGGAGCAAACGCGUCGAAGGUCCUUCGCCAGGCUUUCCUGGGACGGUCUCUUUCUUCGGGCAACUUUUUGGAUGGUACCAUCGCUUACGUGCGGAUCUGGCAUGGCAUGGCGCUUCUGCCGGAGACUGUUGAGCUGCUCUAUCGGGAGUCGCUUGAAGGUCCGUCCUAG